AUGGCCAGCCUGACAGCCAGUGGAUCUGCCUUCGUCAUCGAUACCUUUUCCGGCACCAACUGCGGCAAUUCCGUCCAGAAAGGCGUCAAUAUCUGGGACAACACCUGUGCGACCUGGCCCGAAGGAUUCAAGUCCUUCAAGAUCACGACCUGGGGAGAUGGUCGCCAAAAAGCGUAUUUCUUCGCACCUGACGGCUGCGGUGACCUUACUUCGACUAUUGGGCAGGGUUACGUGGACUCCACGACACACGAUUUUGCUAUAGGAAGGUGCUACAACUUCAAUGAUGCUAGUGCUAACGCGAUUGCGUCAUACUCUGCUUGA